UUUUGAGCGUAAAUAUUGGGGGAGCUGGCUUGAAGGUCAAGACAGAUCUCAAUACAAAACUCUGUUUUCUACUUGGGUGAUGAAGUAACUGCAAAAACUCUGUUCUGCUACAACAAUGGCGUUUCGUACUGCUUUAAGGAGAAUAAGCUCUUCAUCAAUUCUUUUCUACAAUUUACUCAACAAUGCGCCUUCUUCACGAGGACUUACUGGGUCGCUUGCACCGUUAACUUCUCGAUUCUUAAGCUAUGUAGGUAGUGUUUCCGUUACGGAUUCUAAUGAAGAAAGCUUCAUCAUCAAUGCCUGUGGAGGUUCCUUCGCUCGAUUUGAGCAGUUCCCUAUUCAUCGCGGUGCAUGUGAUGCAUAUAUGAUGAAUCCGUUUCAAAUUUCUGGACCUGGAGGGGCAUAUGAGGCUAAGAAUAUAGAGGAGGGGAUGCACGUGAGAAUGGAAAUGCCUGGAAUCGACAAGGAAGACGUGAAGGUGUUGAUUUCGUAUGGGACUAUCAUCAUAAAGGGUGAAGGAAAGAAGGAGUCUACGUAUGAGGACAGCGGAAGAACGUACAGUGCUAACAUUGAAAUCUGUUCGAAUUCGUAUGAGGCUCAGUCUAUGGAAGCAAACAUGAAGAAUGGUGUUCUUAGGAUGCUAAUCCCCAAGUCUAAGACUCCUCAGAAGGUGACUGGCUCUAACUAUGAGAUAAAAGUUAAGUAAAUUUUGCUUGUGAAUAUCAUGUCAUUGAUGUGAAAUAGUGAACUAUAUAUUUGCACAAGAUUAUUGAAGUAAUUGUGUACAGAUAUCUGCUUAGAUGUUUUGCUGAGCGCUGGCGAAUUUCAAGCAACUCUAUGGAUUUUAUGAUAUCAAUUACUCUUUUA